AUGAAUAACAAUUCAGAAGAUAAAUUGCCAAUAAAGGAAUUUCUUUUUCGUCACGUUCCUGAUCAAGUCUCAAAUUCUAGGAGAGUGUGUUAUCGACAUCAUCCUGAUCUAAUCAAACAAAGGCAACCUGAUGAUCUUAAUAUUAAAAAUAUCCAACAUCAAUUAGAAGAAUUGCCGACAGAAGAUAAAGCAGCGAUUACUCAGAUUUGGUCCAUUUUUUCAGCAGCACCUGCCGAUCAACGUAUAUUAAUUUUAAAAGGCCUUUUAUCCACCUGUUGUAUGCCUCAACUAUCAUUUCUUUAUGAUGCUAUUAAACCACUAUUACGUAUUGAUUUUUUAACUAUUUUACCUCGAGAGAUCUCCUUACAAAUCUUUUUUUAUUUGGAUGCAAAGUCAUUGUGUCAUGCUGCUCAAGUAUCCCGCAAUUGGAAACGAUUAGCCGACGAUGAUGCUUUAUGGCACCGUAUGUGUGAACAGCAUAUUGAUAAGAAAUGCACAAAAUGUGGAUGGGGACUACCUUUAUUAAACAAGAAACGUAAAGCAACAUUGCGUAUCGAACGUCCUCUUAUUAAUACUAGUAAUGCACCUCUAAGGAUAGCAUGUGGGUCAACGGUACGGAAUGACACAACGGAAAAUAUAACUAAUAGUAUGGAUCAUGUUAACAAAAAGAGCAAAAUCGAUAAGGAAGCAAUAUCAAAUUUUGAUAUUAUGUUUAAAUCAGGACCUGAUCUAUGUACGACUACUAGUGCUGCUACCAGCACCAGCGCCAGCACCAGCACCACUACAAUAGCACCAACACUGGUUCGUAAAGCAUGGAAAGAUGUUUAUUCAGAACGAUUAAUGAUAGAACGAAAUUGGAGAAAUAACAAUUAUAAAUUAACUGUUUUAAGCGGUCAUACGGAUGGUGUAAUGUGUGUUCAGUUUUGCGAUGCGAUUAAUAUUUUAAUGACUGGUUCCUACGAUAAAACUGUUCGUAUUUGGAAUUUAGAAUCUGGUGAAUUAAUAAGAACAUUAACAGGGCAUACACGUUGUGUUCGUGCCUUGCAGUUUGAUGAAGCUAAAUUAGUGACAGCUUCAAUGGAUCAUACAUUAAAAAUAUGGAACUGGCAAACAGGAAAAUGCAUUCGUACACUUGAAGGUCAUACAGGUGGCGUACUAAGUUUACAUUUUAAUUCAAAACUCAUGGCAAGUGGUUCAACGGAUCAUACAGUUCGUGUUUGGAACUUUUCUGCUGGUGAAUGUUGCACUUUUACGGGUCAUACUGAAUGGGUAAAUUCAGUUCGAUUCUGUCAAGAAGGUACUAUGUUAGUCUCUGCUAGUGACGAUUCAACUAUUCGUCUAUGGGAUGUACAAACCCGUUCUUGCAUACGUGUCUUAAAUGGGCAUGUAGGCCAAGUACAGAUUGCAAUACCAAGUCUAACGGGAUUUACACAUAGACUUAAUGAAGAAGAUGUUUAUUUGCAGCCUCAGAAUAAUUAUUCUUCAAACACUAAUUUAACUCAGCUUAGACCUGCAUGUGCCACCACUGGAAGUAAUAGACGAAACAGCAUGGCAAUCAAAAAGGAAUCAAAAACACCAUUAACAAAUACGGCCAUACUUUCAAGGGACCCAAUUAUUAUAUCCGGUUCAUUAGAUAAUACUAUCAAAUUAUGGGAUAUGAAAACAGGGAAAUGUAUUCGCACGUUAUUUGGACAUAUAGAAGGGGUGUGGAGUUUAGCGUAUGACACUUUACGUAUCAUAUCUGGGUCUCAUGAUAAAACAGUAAGAGUUUGGGAUUUGGGUAGUGGUAAAUGUAUGCAUGCUUUAGAGGGGCACCGUGGACCUGUAACGGCGGUUGCUCUUGGUGAUACGAAAAUAGUUUCUACAUCUGAUGAUGGAGAUAUAAGAGUAUGGGAUUAUGGCGUGUAA